AUGGAUGUCGAUCAAACCAGCCAAGUGAUCUCGCGACAAGACCCUGCGGCGCUUGAGAAGGAGCUCGAUGAAAAAUAUCCAAAUCGACCCCAUAAUCAUUCCAAGACUCUUCCAUUUCAUGUCCUCUUUCAAGAUUUAUUUGAUCCUCUGAAUGAUAACAAGAAGAGACCCUCAGGCCCUCCUAUCAACCGUAGAAAACAAGGACCUCAUGGCGCACAUAGCAACAGUCCGCAAGAGGUCCGGCGCGCCAUCAUCGAGCGUUUUAUCUCACGAUGGCGUCAAGAGGUGGGCAGCGACAUCUAUCCCGCCUUUCGACUCAUCAUUCCGGAGAAGGACCGAGAACGCGCGAUGUAUGGCCUCAAAGAAAAGGCCUUGGGUAAGUUAUUGGUGCAAAUCAUGAAGAUCGAUAAAAACUCCGAAGAUGGCUUCAGCCUACUCAAUUGGAAGCUGCCAGGCCAGAAUGCUGCAAGCAGAAUGGCUGGUGACUUUGCCGGUCGUUGCUAUGAAGUCAUCUCCAAACGACCAAUGCGUACAGAGGUAGGAGAUAUGACUAUAGGCGAGGUCAAUGAUCUGCUGGAUGAGCUAUCUGCUGCACCAAGAGAGGAUUAUCAACGUCCGAUCCUUGCUAGGUUUUACCAAAGGAUGAAUGCGACGGAGCUGAUGUGGCUUGUGCGUAUUAUCCUACGUCAGAUGAAAGUCGGUGCUACGGAGAGGACAUUCUUCGAUUUAUGGCAUCCAGAUGCAGAGAGCUUGUUUAAUGUAUCAAGCAGUCUGCGACGUGUUUGUUGGGAACUACACGAUCCUUCAAUUCGCCUCGAAGGGGAUGAAAGAGGUAUCACACUGAUGCAGUGUUUUCAGCCCCAGCUGGCACAGUUUCAGAUGCAUUCAUUUCAACGUAUGGUUGAGAAGAUGCGGCUUACAGAAGAGGAUCCGACUUUCUGGAUUGAGGAGAAACUAGACGGCGAAAGAAUGCAACUUCACAUGACUGCCGACCAUUCCCUGCCCGGUGGUAAGCGUUUCAAUUUCUGGUCUCGUAAGGCAAAAGACUACACCUAUUUGUACGGCGACAGCUUUGAGGAUGACAAUAGUGCCCUAACCCGUCAUUUGAAAUCCGCAUUCCGCGACGGAGUCCAAAACAUUAUUCUUGAUGGUGAGAUGAUAACCUGGGACCCGGAGCAGGAUGCCCAAGUACCAUUUGGCACGCUCAAAACCGCUGCUUUAUCCGAGCAACGCAAUCCAUUCUCUACUGGCCAUCGUCCAGUCUAUCGCGUAUUCGACAUCUUAUACCUGAAUGACCAACCCUUAACCAGAUACACCCUUCGCGAUCGUCGGAAAGCCCUCGAGCAUAGCAUCAGCACUAUUCCGCGUCGUUUCGAGAUCCACACCUACACUGAAGCCCAAAAAGCCGAAGAAAUAGAGCCUCUGCUUCGAAAUGUCGUGGCUCAAGCAUCUGAAGGUUUGGUUCUGAAAAAUCCACGAUCUGCCUACCGGCUCAACGAACGCAAUGAUGACUGGAUCAAAGUCAAGCCAGAGUACAUGACGGAAUUUGGUGAAUCCCUUGACUGCGUUGUCAUAGGCGGCUACUACGGCUCCGGCCACCGUGGUGGCAACCUAUCUAGUUUCCUCUGCGGUCUACGCGUCGACGAAGGGUUCGCCCGAAAAGGCAAAUGGAACCCUGAGAAAUUCCAUUCCUUCUUCAAAGUGGGUGGUGGAUUCACCGCAUCAGACUAUGCUGAAAUCCGGCAUCGUACAGACGGCAAAUGGAUUGACUGGAAGCCUAAAGCCCCACCAACCGAGUACAUCGAGCUCGGCGGUGGAGACCUGCAGUACGAACGUCCAGACGUAUGGAUCAAACCAUCCGAGUCCGUCGUCCUGGAGGUGAAAGCCGCAUCCAUAGCAACAAGCGACCAAUUCCGCACGGGAGUCACCCUCCGCUUCCCACGCUUUAAACGGCUCCGUCUAGACAAGGACUGGCAGUCCGCGCUGACCAUGCAGGAAUUCCUAGACCUGAAGUCCAACGUCGAGAAAGAGAAGAAGGACAAAGAGUUCCGCGUCGAUGACGAAAGGAAGAAGAGGAAGAAGACCUUCCAGAGCCGGAAAAAGGUCCUUACGGUCGCAGGCUACAACGCACGCACCAUCGCCAACGACGAGUUUGCAAACGACGCCGCCAACGGUGACAGCCCAGAGCUGCCCACCAAAGUUUUUACAGGCCUCACCUUCUUCAUCAUCACCGAAGCUCUGCACCCUCCAACAAUCAAAAAAUCGAAGAUCGAGCUCGAAAACCUGGUCAAACUACAUGGCGGUAUCAUCGUGCAAACCCAAGAUGCAGUCCCGGACACAGUCUGUAUCGCCGACCGCCGCGCUGUGAAAGUGGCUUCGAUCCAGAAAAGCAAGGAGAAAACCAUCAUCCGUCCUGUUUGGCUUCUAGACUGUAUUGAGCAGGCGCGGAAGGACAGGGCGAUGGGGCUCCCGGAGUUGCUUGUUCCACUAGAGAGCGAGAGGCAUAUCUUUUCGGUUGCAGAGGACCAAGAUCAGGAUUUGGAGGGGAAUACGGAUCAAUUUGGAGAUGCAUUUGCGAGGGAUACCUCGGUCAUGGAAUUGAAGGAGUUGUUGGAAAAGAUGGGGCAGGGUGUCGAGCGGCUGGAGAGAGAAGCGGUGGUAGAGGCGGUUAGAGAAGUCGAAGGCGAGGAACAGCGCAAAGCGGGCUGGCUGUUCAUGGGCACGAAACUCUUCUUCGACCCAGCAGCACCCAACUCUGAUGAAAACACCCUUUCAAACGCGACAGAAGAAGACAGCGACCAGAAACUGGCAUCCCUCACCGCACGCUUCGCAGGCGCCACAGUGACGCAGAAUCCCGACGACAACCACAUCACGCAUGUGGUGCUGAACCGGAACAGCGAUACCAAAGCUAUCCGUGGACGGUUGGCACAGCACAGGAAGAAGAUUCCGCGGCUGGUGACGAGGCGCUGGAUCGAGGAGAGUUGGGCGGAGAAGACACGGCUGGAUGAGGAGAGGUUUGGCGCGUCAUGA